GCACCAUGAACAGCAGCAGCGCCAACAUCACCUACGCGAGUCGCAAGCGGCGGAAACCGGUGCAGAAAACAGUAAAGCCAAUCCCAGCUGAAGGUAUCAAAUCCAACCCUUCUAAGAGACAUAGAGACCGACUUAAUACAGAGUUGGACCGUUUGGCUAGUCUGCUGCCUUUUCCACAAGAUGUUAUUAAUAAACUGGACAAACUUUCAGUUCUUAGGCUCAGUGUCAGUUACUUGAGAGCCAAGAGUUUCUUUGAUGUUGCAUUAAAAUCCCCCCCAGCUGACAGAAAUGGAGGCCAGGAUAACUGUAGAGCAAAACUCAGAGAAGGCCUGAACAUACAAGAAGGAGAGUUCUUAUUACAGGCUCUAAAUGGAUUUGUAUUGGUUGUCACUGUAGAUGCUUUGAUCUUUUAUGCUUCGUCUACUAUACAGGAUUAUCUGGGGUUUCAGCAGUCUGAUGUCAUACAUCAGAGUGUGUAUGAACUUAUCCAUACUGAAGACCGAGCUGAAUUUCAGCGUCAACUACACUGGGCAUUAAACCCUUCACAGUGUGCGGACUCUGGACAAAGAAUUGAUGAAGUUAAUAGCCUUCCACAGCCAGCAGUCUAUUAUGACCCAGACCAGCUUCCUCCAGAAAACUCCUCCUUUAUGAAGAGGUGCUUCAUAUGCCGACUAAGGUGUCUGCUGGAUAAUUCAUCUGGUUUUCUGGCAAUGAAUUUCCAGGGGAGGUUAAAGUAUCUUCAUGGACAGAACAAGAAAGGGAAAGAUGGAUCAAUACUUCCACCUCAGUUGGCUUUGUUUGCAAUAGCUACUCCACUUCAGCCACCAUCAAUACUUGAAAUCCGAACCAAAAAUUUCAUCUUUAGAACGAAACACAAACUAGACUUUACACCUCUGGGUUGUGAUGCCAAAGGAAGAGUUGUCUUAGGCUAUACUGAAGCAGAGCUGUGCAUGCGGGGAUCAGGAUAUCAGUUUAUUCAUGCUGCUGAUAUGCUCUAUUGUGCUGAGAACCACAUCCGGAUGAUUAAGACUGGAGAGAGUGGCAUGACAGUGUUCAGGCUUCUUACCAAACAAAAUCGAUGGACAUGGGUUCAGUCUAAUGCACGCUUAGUUUAUAAAAAUGGAAGACCAGAUUAUAUCAUUGCAACUCAAAGACCUCUAACAGAUGAAGAAGGAACAGAGCAUUUACGAAAACGAAAUAUGAAGUUACCUUUUAUGUUUACCACUGGAGAAGCUGUGUUGUAUGAGGUAACCAGCCCUUUUCCUCCCAUGAUGGAUCCCUUACCAGUAAGGACUAAAAGGAGCACUAGUGAAAAAGACUGUGCUACUAAAUCAGCUUUAAAUAAGGAUUCUCUCAAUCCCAGUUCCCUCCUGGGUGCCUUGAUGCAACAAGAUGAGUCUAUUUAUCUCUAUCCAGCUUCAAAUACUGUACCCUUUGAAAGAAACUUUUUAAACAAAUCUAUGAAUGAGUGCAGUAAUUGGCAAGAUAAUAUUACACCAAUAGAAAAUGAUAAUAUCCUGAAAAAUAAGCAAAUUAGUCAAUCUCAGGAAAUGAUACUCUCUGGAGGUCAUGCAGGGGUCUUUCAGGAUAAUAAAAAUAGUGAUUUGUACAGCAUUAUGGAAGACUUAGGUAUUGAUUUUGAAGAUAUCAAACACAUGCAGCAGAAUGAGGAAUUUUUCAGAGCUGACUUUUCUGGUGAUGAUGACUUCGGAGACAUAGACAUAGCAGAUGAAGUCCUGACGUAUGUUCAAGAUUCUUUAAAUAAGUCUACCACCAUGUGUUCAGGUUACCAACAACAAUCCAUGGUUCUGAACUCAAACUGUAUGGUGCAGGAGCACUUCCAGUUAGAACAACAGCCGCAGCUGCAGCACCACCAAAAGCAGGUAGUGGAACAGCAGCAGCAACUGUGUCAGAAAAUGAAGCAUAUGCAAGUGAAUGGCAUGUUUGCAGAUUGGGAUUCUAACCAACCUGUGACUUUCAGUUGUCCUCAGCAAGAUCUACAACAAUACAGUGUCUUUUCAGACUUACAUGGGACUAAUCAAGAAUUUCCCUACAAAUCUGAGAUCAGUACUAUACCUUAUACACAGAACUUUAUUCCCUGUAGUCAAUCUGUGUUAUCACAACAAUCCAAGUGUACUCAGUUGGACUUUCCUAUAGGGAAUUUCGAACCAUCCCCAUACCCUAGUACAACUUCUAAUUUUGAAGGUUUUGUCCAUUGUUUACAAGUUGCCGGAAACCAAGAACAUGGAAUAAAUCCACAGUCAAGUGUAGUGACUCCUCAGACUUGUUAUGCUGGGGCCAUGUCCAUGUAUCAAUGCCAGCCUGAAACUCAGCACGUCCAGUUGGAUCAGAUGCAGUAUGAGCCAGCAAUCCCAGUCCCACAGACAUUUCUAAAUGAGUUUCAGAAUGGAGGUGUUCUAAAUGAAACAUACCCUGCUGAAUUAAAUACCUUAAAUAAUACUCAGACUACCACACAUCUUCGGCCUCUUCAUCAUCCGUCAGAAGCCAAACCUUUCUCUGAUAUGACAUCCAGUGGAUUUCUGUAAUUUCAAGCCAGUUUCCACCUUGGUGUUUGUUAGAUGCUGCUUAAAUUAGCUCGUGAAGGAUUGCAGAGUAAUAGAACUGUCAGGGUUGGGCAUCA